GACGCAUGCUUUCCUCGCCUAAGGAGACCGGAGGGGUUUGCAAGGCAGCGUCCGAGCCGCUGGAAGUGGACGAGGCCCUCCUCGCUGGCCCGGGAUGCCGGCGCCCGUGCUCUGCUCGAGUUGCGGGUCCCGGCGCGCCGCGCUCCGCCGCCCCAAGACGGGACAGGCGCUGUGCCGGGAGUGCUUCGUGGCGGCCUUCGAGGCGGAGGUGCACGGCACCGUGGUGGCGGCGCGGCUCUUCCAGCCGGGCGAGACGGUGGCCAUCGGGGCGUCGGGGGGCAAGGACUCCACGGUGCUGGCGCACGUGCUGCGGCUGCUCAACGAACGCCACGGCUACGGCCUGCGCCUGCUGCUGCUCUCCGUGGACGAGGGCAUCGCCGGCUACCGGGACGACUCGCUGGCCGCCGUGCGCCGCAACCAGGGUCGCCUGGGGCUGCCGCUGCACGUGGUCUCCUACCAGGAGCUCUACGGCUGGAGCAUGGACCGCAUCGUCCGCCACGUCGGCCUCAAGAACAACUGCACCUUCUGCGGGGUCUUCCGGCGGCAGGCGCUGGACCGAGGCGCCGCCUUGCUCGGGGCCGACAAGAUCGCCACAGGUCAUAAUGCAGAUGACAUCGCUGAGACGGUGCUGAUGAAUUUCCUGCGGGGGGACGUUGGGCGCCUCCGGCGCUGUGCGGACAUACUGACGGGAAGCGAGGGGCAGCUGCCGCGCUGCAAGCCGCUGAAGCACGCCUACGAGAAGGAGAUUGUGCUGUACGCUUACUUCCAAGGCUUGGACUACUUCAGCACCGAGUGCGUGUACUCCCCCAACGCCUACCGUGGACACACCCGCAGCCUGCUCAAAGACCUCGAAGCCACGCGGCCCAGCACGGUGGCUGACCUGGUGCACUCGGGCGAGCGGCUGGUGGUGCGCGAGGACGUCCGCAUGCCCACGCAGGGCACCUGCCAGCGGUGUGGCUACCUCUCCAGCCAGCCCCUCUGCAAAGCUUGCGUGCUGCUGGAAGGGCUCAAUCGUGGCCUCCCUCGGCUGGGCAUUGGCAAGCCCAGCCGGCUGCAGAAAGCUUUGCUGGGCGGGGAGAAGCCAGAAGCCAGCUUAGGGGAAGAGGAAGGCCCUCGGCAGGCGAAGCGAGGCCCGAGGGCCAUGGACUUCUGAGCCUGUCCCUAACCAUGGUUCCCAUCCUCCCUG